GUAUACUGAAAUGUUAUGGAACUCCCUGUUUUUUUCAGGACAGAUGGAAGUUUUGUGGUUCAUGAUGUACCUUCAGGAUCUUACGUAGUGGAAGUUAUAUCCCCUGCUCAUAAAUUUGAGCCCGUUCGAGUUGACAUAACUUCAAAAGGCAAAAUGAGAGCAAGAUAUGUGAAUUACAUCAAACCCUCUGAAGUUGUCAGGCUGCCAUACCCACUCCAGAUGAAAUCUUCUGGACCACCUUCAUACUUUAUAAAGAGAGAAUCUUGGGGAUGGACGGAUUUCCUCAUGAAUCCUAUGGUGAUGAUGAUGGUUCUUCCAUUACUGAUAUUUGUGCUUUUGCCUAAAGUUGUCAACACCAGUGAUCCUGAUAUGAGGCGGGAAAUGGAGCAGUCAAUGAACAUGCUGAAUUCCAACCAUGAGCUGCCAGAUGUGUCUGAAUUCAUGACAAGACUUUUCUCUUCAAAAUCUUCCAGCAAGUCUGGUGGUAGCAGCAGUAAAGCAGGGAAAAGUAGUUCUGGGAAAAGGAGGUAGUUAAGUCUUCCUCCUGAGUUUGCACAGCUAUUUGUUAUUAUAUGGUGUCAUGUUUAUUUGUCUUGAAAGAUCAAAAAGCUACUGCUGUAAACUUUAACCAGGCACAACAUACAUUAUGCUACAAGAGUGGUUUGUAGCUUUUUUUUAGAUUGUAUAAGCUGUUUUGUACUUGACAGUAAGCAAAAGAUGACAUGGCUUCAAUACUGUAUCUGUAUAAAGUUAUUGAUGAUACUGAAUUAACUGUAUUGUUCUGUAGAGAAUUCAAAUAAAUUAUACAAUGUGAUUCACAGUAA